UUGUUUGUCGGCAUAAGUUAGUUUAGUGGCAGAAGAGAGGAGGCGAAGCUAAACCGGAGAAGGCGGUCUGAGUCAUUUAAUAAAUGCUCAGAUUUCACACAAGAAAUUCUGGGGCCAAAGGUGAGGUGGGCCAAUUAGGCAGCUGCUUGUGUUUCUGGGAGCAUUUUAGACUACGGCAGUAGGAGAGAUCGAGGAGGCGGUGGGUGAAUAAUGGAGUGAAGGCAAGUGGCAGACGAUAAGAAGGCGCAUAAAGCAUUGCUUCCAAGAGGUUGAUCGUAUUCUGAGAGCGUGUCAAAAUUAUUCUCUACUUGUCUUGAUUACUUCUUCCAUUUGAUUCCACCAAUCAAAGUGAAACUCAAUCCAUCUCCGGAUUAAGAAGUUUGCGCAGCCAGUUUAGUGCCACUACUGCUGCAACAAAACUAUUACCAAUCUUAAUCUCUCCUCACAAAACAAGACCUCCUGCUCUCACUCCCCAGUUCACUUUUACUUUCACUUUACAAAUCUCUAACCUGUGAGAUUUUCUCACAUGGGACAAGUCUCAGUCUCAACUCAAUCAACAGGCAUAUUGCAUACCCAACAAUAUGUAAGUUCCUAAUAUUACACUGCGGUACAUACUUCCUAAUCAAUUAAUAAAUCAAGUUCAAGACGACCAAAUCAAGAUUCAACAAAAAUUCAAUCAAUCAAAGAGAAUAUGAAGAGUUGGAUUGUCAGCAUCCUUGUGUUAGUACUUUUUGGGUUGUAUUCUAGUUCUGCAGAAAUUGGGAUUGGAGCUAAUAGUCAAGCAAAAAAUAGGUCGGGGAAAGCACAAAAUGACGACAGCAGCGGAAGUAACAAGAAUGUGGAAGUGCCUCCCUUGGAAUUUAUCGAGGAAACAGUAAUCCUUGGGGAAGAUAUAAUCGAUCCCGGCAGCAGCAUCGAAUUAACAGUCACAAACUCUGAAAGUCCCUUUAUCAACACGGAAAGUCCAGAGACUCCGAUCGCGGCUGUCGUCGUUGAGGUGGAGAAGGAGGAGAAACAGAAGCAUGUCACUGCGGAUGACAUCAAGCUGUACCUCCUGGUCCAAAGACUGCUAAACGAGACCCCGUUAAUCGACGGGCAUAACGACUUGCCUUAUAACAUCCGAAAAUUUAUACAUGGGCAACUAUCAGAUUUUAACUUUAACUCUGAUCUUAAAAAUACUCCUCCGUGGUCCCGAAGCGUUUGGUCCCACACCGAUCUUCCACGCUUACGUCGUGGUCGUGUUGGAGCUCAGUGGUUCGUAGCUUAUGCUCCCUGCCAGUCGCAAAAUCAAAAUGCAGUGCAGAUUACGUUGGAGCAAAUUGACCUCAUUAUUCGACUAGUGUCAAAAUAUCCAGAUCACAUGAAACUGGCCUUCAGUGCGGAUGACAUAGUCCAAGCUCAUAAAGAGGGAAAGAUAGCAAGUUUGAUUGGGGUUGAAGGCGGUCAUUCGAUAGGAAACAGUUUGGCGACUCUCAGAGCUUUCUACGACCUUGGCGUACGUUACCUCACGCUCACUCACACUUGCAACACAGCGUGGGCAGACUCAUCCUUGGUGGAUAAUGCAGGACAUAAGCCCCAGCAUGGAGGAUUGACUGAAUUUGGAAGGACAGUUGUCAAAGAAAUGAAUCGUUUGGGAAUGCUGGUGGACCUCUCUCACACGUCCCGACUGACUAUGAUGGAUGUUUUUCAGGUGUCCAAGGCGCCAGUAAUAUUCAGCCAUUCCUCAGCUUUUGCCCUUUGUAAUUCAACAAGAAAUGUCCCUGAUGACAUUCUUCAAGAGUUGGUUUUUAACGGAGGCAUUGUGAUGGUAGCCUUUUUCAAUUUUUUUGUAAAGUGCUCACAGAAUGCGACCGUGGUCGACGUGGCUGAUCACAUUAAUUACAUCCGGGGGCGCAUAGGUAUCGACACCAUUGGCAUAGGAAGUGGUUAUGAUGGCAUUAAUUUUACGCCAACGGGAUUGGAGGAUGUAGAAAAGUAUCCUCAUCUUUUCGUGGAACUUGCCAGAAAUCCAGGCUGGUCCAACGAUGACUUGAAGAAGGUCGCUGGCGAAAACUUUCUCAGAGUAUUUCGGGAUGCUGAGCAGGUGAGGGACAGCAUGCGAUCUAUUGGCGUACAACCAUCUCAACAAGAAAUUGUUUCAUCCGAGUAUUUGGAGGAGUCGGCCAGAUGCCGUUACAACCUAUCGACUUCUUCCGGAGGAAACGCGUCAAUCCACUAAACUCGCUUAUAUUACUUUCACCAAUCUGGAUUGCUUUCUCUCUCCUGUCCUUCUUCUUAUUACGCUGACGUGCCAAACUGUUCACAAAUUGAACUUAACAAACGAUGCAUCUUCAUUGUCACACGCAUAAAAUACACGAUCGUGUUGCUUAUAUGCAAGGAUGCCCUAAAUAUUUAUAUGCAUAUUUAUAACAAUUAUGAAAAUUGGAAGUUGAAGUGCAUGUCAGAACGAAAUUUAUGUAUAUAACUCACACAUGUAUAAAAUUUAAGCGAGGUAAAAUGGAUUGACGUGUACUAUUUGAUAAACGUAAUUUAAAGCAAUAAUGUUGCCUACAUGCCGCAUCAACUUUAGAUAAAAUUAGUGUUUUAUAAAAUGCAGAACUAGCAUCAGUAAUGUUGCAAAAAUUCACACGAGUAGUACAAAUAUCGAGGACGUACAGAUAAAAAGCGCUGUUUGUGCAUAAGUUUGUGUUAAAUGAUUACGUGUUAAUAUAUGAGACUUGAUGAGAGCACUGUACAUAUUUACAUGUAUGCAGUAAUUAUUUAGUGACACUGUUGACUGUUGUACAUAUGUACUUGCAAACAAUAUUGUGUGGGUGUAAAAAAUAUAUGUACGUAACUAUGUAUUAGUUAAAAGAUAUUUAUUAUUCGUAUUCAUUCGGCUUCGUAAAGGUGAAUUCAGGAGAUUCAUCUGGAAGAUGUCGAAAAUACACAUCAGUACGAUUUGCUCAAGGGUCUGUGUACUUGAAUUUGUUUCUUUAAUCGACAACAUUUGGUCGUAAUAUCGUUUUACGACGGUCAAAACAUUGCUAUUGUUUAUGCGGCGGUUAUAUAUUCAACUAGCCAUCAAAUAAAUAAAAUAUACUAAAUACUUACCAGUAUUUUAUGCAAUGUAUGUCGAGAGAAAAGAUCAAAACUCUAGGUAUGCAGAUUUCUCACUGUUUCAUGAAUUACACACAAUAUAUGGCACGAAUAUUCCAUAGUUUGAGAUAUGUACAUAGUAGGUUGUUGAAUUGCUUAUCGUGAACUUGUAAGUAUGCAUAAUGCGAAAAUAAGUUUAGCUUUUAUGUAGGAGAAGCACAUGUAAGUAUUUAAAUUAUGUAUGUAUGUAUGAGAAAUGCAGAAAAAGCUUAAUCCAUUGUUGUAUUAUAUUCUAAAUCUUUUAUUUGCGUACUACUUAACAGUUUCCAAUAGAAUAUAUUGAUUUGUUCUUCAUUUGCAAAUGUUGUACUUGUUGUUUAUAUAGCAAGUUUUGUUUCCUGGAUCAUUUUGGGUAUGUAAGUUUCAUUCUAGAAUAAACAGUGAGUUAAUGGUCGGCUCUUGGCUAUCAAUGUA